AUGGCUGAUAGUAUGCGGAGAUUAUUGAUUGAGGUCCUAAUGGAGCCUGUAAACGGGGGAGAGUCUUUGUUAGGGAGCAUAAAGAUUGCUGUUCUUCCAAUCGCGAAGGUUUUUGCCAUGUGCUUCUUGGGCUUUCUCAUGGCCUCCAAGUAUGUAAACAUUUUGCCUGCUAAUGGGAGAAAGCUCUUAAAUGGGCUGGUCUUCUCACUUCUGCUCCCUUGUCUCAUUUUUGCUCAACUGGGUCAAGCCAUAACGUACGAAAAAAUGAUCGAAUGGUGGUUCAUUCCUGUCAAUGUUAUUCUAGCCACAAUAUCAGGCUCAAUUAUAGGUUUUCUCGUUGCAUCCAUCGUCCGUCCUCCUUAUCCAUACUUCAAGUUUACAAUUAUACACAUUGGAAUAGGGAAUAUCGGGAAUGUGCCACUUGUCCUGAUUGCGGCAUUGUGUCGAGAUAAUUCCAAUCCUUUUGGCAAUACAUGUUCUCAAGAUGGAACUGCCUACAUCUCAUUUGGCCAAUGGGUUGGUGCAAUUAUUCUGUAUACCUAUGUUUUUCAAAUGCUUGCUCCCCCUCCUGGUGGAUCAUUCGAAGUCGAAGAUGGUAAUCUGCCUAUUAAGAAUCCUCUCGGAAAUAGCACUAAUGCCCUUGAUAGAGAUAGACCUCCUGAGCAAACUCCACUUCUUGCGGUUGAGGAUGUACCUGCCCGUUCAAAUGAAGUGAAGAAAGACAAAGUCAAAUACUUUCUGAAGUAUAUUUAUGAGAAAUUGAAGCUGAAGCAAAUUAUUCAACCUCCAAUUAUUGCCUCUGUCCUUGCAAUAUUUAUAGGAUGCGUUCCUUUUCUGAGGAAAUUAAUCUUCACUCCGGAUUCUCCUCUCUAUUUUUUCACAGAUAGCUGCAUGAUUCUUGGUGAGGCCAUGAUCCCAUGCAUAUUGUUGGCAUUAGGAGGCAACCUUGUGGACGGGCCCGGCCCAGGUAGUGCGAAAAUCGGUGCACGGACAACUGCAGCAAUUGUAUUCGCGCGACUCGUUUUGGUACCUCCGACAGGUCUAGGCAUUGUCACACUGGCAGAUAAGCUCGGGUUCCUGCCUCCGGGUGAUAAGAUGUUCAGAUUUGUGCUUCUUCUUCAGCACACCAUGCCUACUUCCGUGCUUUCAGGUGCCGUUGCAAGUCUACGAGGAUGUGGGAAAGAGGCUGCAUCUGUGUUAUUCUGGGUUCAUAUUUUCGCUGUUUUCUCCAUGGCUGGGUGGAUCAUUCUUUACCUCAACAUACUGUUUUAG